AUGGGUUUCGGGACCCUGCUCUUCUCUAUUGUCACUUCUUUCGCAUCGAUGACAUUGACGGUCCUUGACAUCCGCACGAUGGCGAAGGAGCAGGAUAUUGGUUUCUGGCGUGCUUUAGUGGAACAACUUCUAGUUGGCCUCGGCAGGACAGCUCCGCUUUGUCACAUCCCCAAGUUGCAGGCCGACGUCGACUACGAGCCAGAGGGCGAACUUGCAGCCGACAAUUUCAAGCAGAUUGCCUCCUCUGCGUCCAACAGCAAGGCGCUGGAAACCAUGCAGUUCUAUUGUCAGUGUAACCGUCUCAUAGAGGAUGUCCCGUCUCAAAUUCACCGCUAG